AUGAUGGAAUACGCACAAUACCCUCAACAACAGAACGCUCACUCGGGAUACACGAACUCCGCCAACGGCAACAGCAUCACCUCUCCCCACGGCGUACAGACGUCACCUAUCUUGUCUCAACAACAAUCGCCCUCGCAACAACAGGGACACAACAUGUAUCAGCCGCAGUACAACGUCCCUCAGCAGGGCAUGCAUUAUGCCAUGCCUCAAAUCCAAGCCGCCGCCAUGGCGGCGACUGCUGCUGCAUCGGGAUCCAAUUACCCUUACAUGGCAUCCGAUCCCAGCAUGUCCCAGACGUCCCCGCGAAUGGGCGGCUCUAAGAAGGAUAACCGCGAUCCUCGAUCGCCUACUCAGAUGAACAACGUUUCGCAGCUGCCCGGCCAGAGGCGCCUCAGUCAAGUCACCAGCCCGGGCGUCCCCAAUGCCCAGGGCAUGAUGAGCCACGUCGGUGGUCGGCCUGGCGUCGCGCCACCGCAGAUGGCACAGGCCCAGGCCAUGCCUCACCCUCAAUCCCCUGAGAUGCCCACCGGCGGCGUUGAGGAAUCGCCUCUUUAUGUCAACGCCAAGCAGUUCCAUCGCAUCCUGAAGCGUCGCGUUGCACGUCAAAAGCUUGAGGAGCAGCUCCGUCUUACCUCCAAGGGCCGCAAGCCGUACCUCCACGAGUCGAGACACAACCAUGCCAUGCGUCGACCCCGCGGACCUGGUGGCCGAUUCCUGACUGCCGAGGAGGUCGCCGCCAUCGAGCGCGAGAAGGGCGGCGGCUCUGGCGAGCCUUCCAACGACGAUAGCCCCGACGCCAAAGCCGGCACAAAGAGAAAAUCAGAGGCUGGCGACUCGAGCACCAGCAAGAAGGCCAAGAAGGCCUCCGAGAGUCCUGAAGAGGAAGAUGACGAGGAGGACGACUCUUGA